GUUAUAGUAAUAGUAAUAGCACUGUUUUCUCUGUCUCUCAUCCUUCUCGUGAUUACCAUUUCAACCUUUUCUGUUUUUUCUCUUUCUUCAUUCACUUCCUUGACUAACUCUCUCUCUCUCUUCUUUCUUUGUUUCUCUCUUUCUCUUUCAAUCAAACUUUAAAGUUCGAAGUUCAAACUUCAAACCCUAGGCCUAGGCUUCUCAAUCUAUCAUGCUGCUCUCUAUGGUUGGUUUGCAUAUUUUGUGUUUUUGGGUCUUUGAAUUCUCCUUCUAAGUGGUGUUUCUGGGAUUUUUGUUUUGUUUCAGGUUUGGAUGCUUCAUUUUGUAAUCAAUAAAGAGGUUCAAGUCAACCAAUCAAUUGUGCUGAGAAUUAUGACUGAAGAAGAAUCUGGAGGAAUGCCUCUGAGGUUUUUGAUUUCUGUGCAAUUCACUUUGUGACUCAUCUUUAGAAUUGGGCUAAAGCUAAGUAGCCAGUUAGUUUGUCAACUCAUCAAAUACAUAUGUCAAAUAUGGAUACCUAUGCCAAUACAUGUGAGAUAGUGGAAUCAAGGGUGGAGAUAAUUUCUGAGAUUAGUUGUGCUCACAAAUCAGGAAAAAAAUAUUCGAUUGAGGAUGAUAUCAAUCAUCUUUUCCAGGCUAUUGACAUUAAAAGUUCAUGUAGAGGUCCUAGUACAUCACGUUCACAAAAGAGUGCUCUUAAAAGGCCAAUAAAAGUCAGUUCAUCUCAGGCAUCAGGAAUUGGCAUCUCGGAGCCUGUAAGUUUAAAGCAGGCACUUAGAGGGUUGUGCAUAUCUCAGGCAUCGGAAAUGGCUGCUUUGAAGAGACUGUCAAAGCCAUGCAGUUCAUCAAGAGUAUCGGAGGCUGGCACCAUCAAAAAGUUAUACACAGCUGUGGUAGAUGAGGGGAAAGGGAACUUGGUGGAAAUUUCCCUAGUGCCAGAGAUAUCUGCAGCUUCAGAUAAAUUGCCCGGUGUAGCUAUAUCUAGUUCAAGUGCUAAUCAUUCUAUUCCUUUGGUUGAUGCAACAAAACCAAAAGCAAUGACUACUAGGUUUGCAUCCCGGGAUCAGAUUGUUCCUCUUCCUCCAGAGGUUGAGGGUGACAAGCCAAUCAUAGGGACUGGAAAACCAAUACUUGCAAAUCUGUCACCAGUUACUUCUGCAAGUGAGGAAAUGCAAGAGGUCAGAAUGGAUCCUGCUUCCUCGAGCAAAUUUUCUCUUGGUUCUUCAAUGCCAGAUAAGGGGCAAGAAGCAAAUUUACAUUCUACAUCUUGUCCACCUAGCUCUAGCAUUGGUAAUGUAGUGGAUAAACCCACAAGCAGUAAUACAUGUUUGGCAAGGCCAAUAUUUAAUAACUUUAACUUCCUUAAGAAAAAAGUAAAGCAAGAUUUAUGUUCUGCCUCGAGCUGCUCUACUCCAUGUAUGAGAAAUGAUUUUGGGUCUAGUGCAAGUAAUUUGGACAAGGAGACUGGUAAUUCUGAUUUGAAGCAUGAAAUGAAAGAAAAUGAGAAACUGUCUCCCAGCAGUUCAAAGCACAGCAUUGAAGUUAACUCAAUUAAUGUUAGCAUGGAUUCAAGCAAAUCUGGUUUUAGUUUGAAUUGCAAUAAGAGAAGUAAGUUUCUUGUGACAAAAGUUGAUGAGAAAUCAAGAUCAAAGGAAAAGGGUGAGUUCUCCCAGAGCUCAAAAAGUAGCAUUGGUGAGUAUAGUAGUAGCACAAGCAUCAGCGAGGAGAGCAAUCUAAGUGGUUCCAGUCGCAGUGGCAACAGGCCUCACAUGUCAAAACACUUGAGAUGGGAAGCUAUUCGUGCUGUUCAACAGCAGAAUGGUAUUUUAAAUUUGAGGCACUUCAAGCUGCUGAGGAAGCUUGGUAGUGGGGACAUUGGAACUGUUUAUCUUGCAGAACUAAUUGGAACAAACUGCCUUUUUGCACUGAAAGUGAUGGACAAUGAAUUCUUGGCAAGCCGGAAGAAAAUGUUCAGGGCCCAAACUGAAAGAGAGAUCCUGCAGAUGUUGGAUCAUCCGUUUCUUCCUACGCUUUAUUCCCAUAUCGCAACAGAUAAACUCUCUUGUUUGGUGAUGGAGUAUUGUCCAGGUGGAGAUCUGCAUGUCCUGCGACAGAGGCAGCCAUAUAGGAGUUUCUCGGAACAAGCAGCUAGGUUUUAUGUUGCUGAGGUUCUUCUUGCCCUGGAGUAUUUACACAUGCUCGGAGUUGUAUAUCGAGAUCUUAAGCCAGAAAAUAUCCUAGUACGAGAAGAUGGCCACAUAAUGCUGACGGAUUUUGACUUGUCACUCAGAUGUUCUGUCAAUCCAAUGUUAGUCAAGUCAUCUUCACCGGACAUGGAUGCAACAAGGAAGAUGUCCAGUCCCUGUUCAGAGGCUAGCUGCAUACACCCUUUCUGUCUCCAACCGGAUUGGCAAGUCUCCUGCUUUACUCCCAUUCUAUUAUCUGCCGGAGCAAAAUCUCGAAAGAUGAAGGCUGACAUAGCUGCUCAAGUUGGUCCACUGCCACAGCUUGUAGUGGAGCCUACCAGUGCGCGGUCUAACUCCUUCGUUGGAACAUAUGAAUAUCUUGCUCCGGAGAUGAUCAAAGGUGAGGGUCAUGGGAGUGCUGUAGAUUGGUGGACUUUUGGUAUAUUUUUGUUUGAGCUUUUAUAUGGUAAGACUCCUUUCAAGGGCCCAGCAAAUGAGGACACAUUAGCCAAUGUUGUCUCACAGAGCCUUAAGUUCCCAGGUGCUCCGAUAGUUAGUUUUUAUGCAAGAGAUUUGAUCAGAGGAUUGUUGAUAAAGGAUCCCAAAAAUAGAUUAGGUUCUGUAAAAGGUGCUGCUGAAAUAAAGCAGCAUCCCUUCUUCGAAGGCCUCAACUGGGCUCUAAUACGGUGUGCAGCCCCGCCAGAGCUCCCCAAGUUUCGUGUGUUUGGAAGUAGUGCUCUUUCUAUGGUUGCACAGAAAGAGAAUGCAGCUGAUUUAGAAGAUACAGAAGAAUGCGAAGAGUUUGAGCUGUUUUAGUUUUCCAUUCUUCUUAUGUUGGGUAGAGAAUUGAAUUGAAGUUGACUCGGUUUCAAAACCCGUUCUUACCCAUGUAACACUUAAUAUAGCUUAUAGCAUAAAUGUAAUUCAAACA